AUGUGUAAUUCCCUGAAUAAACCAUUUGCGCCUUUGCCUCAGAAACAGUCGAACGCGCCGACCGACAGCCCGAGUGUCCAGUACAGUGGCAUGCAAAUCGCUGUUCAGCGUCGUCACGCUUUUGUUGCCACGCGACCAGAUUACAUUGGAAAAGGCAGUGACAAAAGAAGCGGUGAGUUCCGAUCCGAAAAGGGUAUUUCGGGUCGAGGCGACGCGCCUCAAAGGAUCACGGGAAAAGUCGGCAACCUAUCCGUCCAGACACAAAUCAAACUUGUUGAGCAGUAUCGCUCCCUCAAGGGCAAAUCAGGAGCGGCACAAAGGCUGGCACCAGGGAAAACUUCAACACAUCCACAGUCGCUCGAACGCAGUGGUUACCGCAAAGUAAAAGAGGACGCGAGGUAUCAGGAAGAGUUGGCGCAGCGGAAGGCAGCCAAGCGGGCUGAAGCUCAUACGAAGACGCUUGAUAGCUCCCGUCCCACUAUUCUCGUGGAUGGUUACAAUAUUUGUGGGUGUGCAGAGGGCAAUGAUGUCGCAGUGCAAUUAAAACAGCUGUUUCAGGCUGGCGACUUACAGGCUGCACAGAAAUAUCUCAUCGAAGAGCUGGAGAACUUCGCGGUCCACUGCGGGUACACAAUUGUGUGCGUCUUUGAUGCUGAUCGUGCGCAAACCAAGGAAAAAUCAGAUCAAAUAUAUAGAGCGGGGGCUGGCAUCUGGGUCGUUUUCUCCGUCAACAACGACGCGGACUCAUGGAUCGAGCAAGCAAGUUUAGCCGUGCUAUGUGGAGAGAACUCGAUGGAAGAUUUUCUGCAAAGCUUCGGGCAACCUCGACUUGGUCGUUCUGUGAAAGUUAAAACAAUUAAAAACUUCAAAACGAAACCUCCUGGGCCUGCAGGAAGCUUUCCAUCAAGACCGAACACGCUUCGACAGCUUAUCUUGGUGGCCACGAAUGACAACGCGCUGAGGUCUAUCGUUCGAAGCAAUGGAGCCUAUGUCAUCUCAGCAAAAGCUCUUAUUGACGAGAUGUCGAUGGCGCGCAAGGCAGAGGCAGCUAUGUUAAGGGAUUUUGCUGUGAAGGUCAAAUUUGGAGGCGAAAGGCGCGGAAUCGGCGUGUUUAUGAGGGACUCCAAAAUUGAAGACAAACUCAUGGCGCUAUAUCUCGAUGCCCCUGACAUGGACAAAGGUAAGAUUGUAAAAGGUGAGUUCAUGGGUAAACGAAAGAAGGGUAAAAAGAAUAAAAGCACAAAACCAAAAAUGAGUUGA